AAAUGAGUCGCGAGUUCUCUUUUCCUUCCUCUCUUCCUGCCGGCGAAGCUCACUAGGGUUCUUUGGGUUUUUCCCUCCUCCGGCCUCUGUUUGCUUUCAAAAUGACGAAGAGAACGAAGAAGGCUGGAAUCGUUGGGAAGUACGGCACUCGCUAUGGUGCGAGUCUGAGGAAACAGAUAAAGAAGAUGGAGGUCAGCCAGCACAGCAAGUACUUCUGCGAGUUCUGUGGCAAGUACUCUGUCAAGAGGAAGGCUGUCGGUAUAUGGGGAUGCAAAGACUGUGGCAAGGUGAAGGCGGGUGGUGCUUACACAAUGAACACCGCCAGUGCAGUCACCGUUAGGAGCACUAUCCGGAGGUUGAGAGAGCAGACCGAGAGUUAAGACUUCAUCUGGUUCAGUUACGAAUGUGUCUGAUUUCUGGUUCAGAACCUGUCGUCUCCAUGUCUUCUUUUGUUGUUUUAUAUCCGAGACAUCAUUAUAUAGAAUCUAACGAUUCAUCGCUUGUUA